AUGGCUGACGAACACUACAACGCUGAGGAGGCUGCCGAGAUUAAGAAGAAGAGACAGUUCCGCAAGUUUACCUACCGCGGUAUUGACCUCGACCAGCUCCUCGAUCUCUCCUCCGAACAGCUCCGUGAUGUCGUACACGCCCGCGCCCGCCGCAGGUUCAACCGUGGCCUGAAGCGUAAGCCUAUGGGACUCAUCAAGAAGCUCCGCAAGGCCAAGCAGGAGGCCAAGCCCAACGAGAAGCCUGAUCUCGUCAAGACUCACCUCCGUGACAUGAUCGUUGUCCCCGAGAUGAUCGGAAGCGUCAUCGGUAUCUACUCCGGAAAGGAGUUCAACCAGAUCGAAGUCAAGCCCGAGAUGGUUGGCCACUACCUUGGAGAAUUCUCCAUCUCUUACAAGCCCGUCAAGCACGGUCGUCCUGGUAUUGGUGCCACCCACUCUUCCCGUUUCAUUCCCCUCAAAUAA